GUCCUGCCACGUCAGUGGUGUUUCGAGUCAGCUGGGAAGUCGGUGUUUUAUACACGUAAACUUUAACUCAAUGGAGGAAGAUUUCUGUUAAUUUUAAGGAAUAAUUGUAACCUUUAUUAAAACAGCAUGCGGCACGGGUGGCUUUUACUUUUAGUGGUAUACACAGCCUAUAUAAACGCCACCGAAUUGACAUUUGAAUUGCCUGAUAACGAGAAGCAAUGUUAUUACGAGGAUCUAGAGCAAGGAGUGAAGUUUGACAUAGACUUUCAGGUUAUUGCAGGGGGGAACUAUGAUGUUGACUGUUUUGUGACAGAUCCACUGAAUAGUAUACUGUAUGACGAACGAAAGAAGCAAUAUGAUAGUUUUUCCCAUACAACGGCCAUGAAGGGAGAGUACAAGGUCUGCUUUAGCAACGAGUUUUCAACCUUCUCUCACAAAACCGUUUACCUGGACUUUAGAACUGGAGAUGAGAGACCUUUACUGCCUGAUACGAGCAGAUCAACAUCACUCACACAGAUGGAGUCAUCCUGCAUGUCUAUCCAUGAGAUACUGAGGGCGGUUUCAGACUCCCAGACUUGGUACCGUCUUCAGGAGGCUCUAGACCGAACCAGAGCAGAAGACCUGAAUGUGCGAGUGUUCUAUUGGUCCGUUGGCGAGGCCCUCAUCCUGUUUGUGGUUAGCAUUGGCCAGGUGCUAAUGCUCAGGAGCUUCUUUAAUGAUAAGAAAACAAAUGUUGCCACCAGCACAUAGAACUUUUUGCCUUUAUCUGCCUUUAUCUCUCCUUGGAGAUAAUCAACUGAUUUAUCAGUCUUGUGCGAUUUAAACAAGCCGUCUUAAAUUAUGCCUAAAGCCGACCACAAGUGACCUUUUUUUCAAACAAAUUUAUGAUUGCAGAGCUUUGCACUAAAUGAUGUGCAAAGUUUUUCAUAAUAGCCCUGUUUCGCAGACAAGGCUUAAGUCUAGACUAAGAUUUAUGUUUGAGUUGUCUUAACUCAAAACAUCUUGCACUGAAAUAUUUCAGUGGCAUUGUUAUGUCUUAAAAAAUGCACACCAGUAAAGUCACAUUUAUAAAAGCUACUUAAAUGUCCUGAUUGAACUAAUGCCUAAACCUGGCCUAAUCCAAGUCUUGUCUGUGAAAUUGGGCCCUAGUGUAGUAAAUGUUGUUCUCUAUGUGUAUUUUUGCAGUAAUUGAAAUGAACUGCUAUACCUUUAUGUACCUACAUCUUUUUUUUUUUUAUGGGAGGGGAAUACUACUUUGUCAAUUUUCAAUGCAUAGACUUUCAUUUAAAUGAAGAAUAGUAGUUUGGCAAUAAUAUCAAAGUACACUCUCAAAUGUCCAUGAUGUUGAAGAUUAUUUGCAAUUAUUAUAUGCAAAUCCUAACUGUGUACUGUAAAUGUAAGUGCCAACUGCAUGCACAUCAUCACCAACUGUAAGUUAUUGUGGCUAUAUAGCACUGGAUUUUAUAUUGCGUCUCUAUUUACUAAUACUAAUCAAACAUCAACUAAAUGUGCAGUUCAAACAAUGUUUUUCUAGAUUUACAGAUUGUAUUUUUACUCUCUUUAUGCAGUGUUUACAGUUUCAAAUGUUACAAAUGUGACCAUUGUACAAUACGGCACCCCAAAAGGGAAAUAGAGAAUAUAAUGAUUUGUUAUGUAAAUUAAAUUCAUUUUGUCCUUU